UUAUGGUAGCAUUUUAACUUUGAUCUCUGCAAUAUUUACAGAACUGUAGCUCUUGUUCCUGGUAAAUUAGAUACCAUAUGACUUGCAAUGCAGAAUCUAAAUAUAGCCACUAGUACUUUGCAUUUCAGUCACUGAGAAAAAAAUCAUAAGGAAAUGUUAGCAGUUGUAUUUUUUUCUCCAACUAACCUGUAAGAUUUUUUCCUUAAAUUUAAAGAGCUAGACUGAAUUGGAACUUGAUUCUCUUUCCAUUACUAUACAGUGCAUGCCAUGCUGUGAAAACUUGAUAAAGUCAAGUACGGUACUGAAAGGUUUUCAUAUAUAAAAUCACAUCUCUGUUACUUCUAGGGUACUUAUAAUUCUGCCACCAAUCAUUAAACUACAAGAAUUGAUUACAUAACUGACAAAAUCUGUCUCUUCUUGGACUUUGGCUUAGAAAUUUAGAAAUCAUGAUUGUUUUGGCGUCUUAUGUAUGGUGUUUUAAAAUGUUAAGAGUACAGUUUUAUAUUCGUGUCCUUUCCAAUAGCCUGUAGAAAUUAAAUGGAGAAAGGGGGAAUGCAGGAUAAACCAUUCCUCUAAGAAGUAACUUACAGUAUUUUCAAAUUAAUUAUAUGAACAUUUUACAAUUCCCUUUUCUUUGCAAAUGCAAUCAUAACAGGGUACUUAUUGCAAGGUAGAUUAAAAUCCAAUAUAAAAUAUGGGAGAUAACCUUUAGUUCUAAUAAAUAGGAAAAGGAGACCCACAGGGAGUACUUUUGAAGUGAGAUGUUAAGUAGUCUAUAUUUGCUCUUAGUAUAGCUAUAAUAGAGUCCAGUAUAAUGGACACAGAGGCUUAGUUCAGUGUAGAGUUUUGGAUUCAUUCUAUUGAGAGAAUGAAUGUCAUGGCUUUGCAAUAAUGUCAUAUGCCACAAUUUUUUAAGAAGCACAGCAUGUACAUUUAAAGGGAGGAAUGGGAGGAAACAAAGUUAGCAAGGAUGUGAAUCAAUAUGUCUUGCACGGGAAAAUGAAAACUAAUACUAAGAACGUUUUUGACUGCAGUAUUCUGCUUUUAACAAAAUUAAUAGUACCAGUACAAGCUCAGAAUGCCUUAGGGAUACUAAUCAGGCACUUUAUAUGCUUGGUACACUUUCCCCAAUGCUGCAGCUCUUAAAGCUAAUUUGGCAGCAAAACAAAUUGGCACAAAAGUGUAAUGAAUUCUCUGCAGAGGAUGGAUGAAGGAAGUUGUAAAUAGCAACCAUACAUCUUGGGGUCUGUUGCUCACACAAUAAUUUGUUGCGAGAUAUGUGGCUUAUAUUUCAUUUUCUGUCAUAAAUAGUAUAGUGUUCCUUUUACCAUAACCUGUGGUAGAAUACUAUGUACACAUCUACAUCUAAUUUAAAUCAGAAGAGUUUAUUUACUGCAGGGAAUGAACACUGGAAAGCUCAUAUGUAUUUCUGGAUUUCUCUUCAGUUGUUUACCAAUAUGUUUUGAACCCAUGCAUUGAAUUGUUUAGUUUGCGCAAUAGAGCAAGAGCUGAAAGACACACCAGUAUUUUGAUAUGGUAAAAGAAAUAGGGCCCAUUUCCCACUGGCUACAGCACUAUAUUAAGUGAAUUCCAUUAAUUGACUUGCAGUUAAGGGAACUUGCAGCUCAGUUCUAAUAUUUCAUUCAUAUUUAGGUUUACAACUUGAAAGCAUUUCCAUGUGUGGAUAAAUGGGGGGGGGAUACCAUUACCAUUUUUUCCUAUUCAGAGAAUGAUUCACCAGAUGUGUACCAAGGGAUGAGAUUUAGAUUUAGUAAGAACUAAACAACCCAUGGCCCAUUAGGUCAUUGUUUCUUUCUUCCUUCCCUAAACAAAGAAACAGAAUGAUUGCGCAAAAAAGCAGUGGGAGCAGGAGCAACUUCCAAUUUCCCACCAGCUUCCUCAUUGAGUUUCCUUGUGGGGAUCUGGCAGGGAGCAUCAGAAAUCCAUCCUUCCUUCCCCCCUUCCUUCCUCUCCCCUUCCCUUUUUAGCAGGCAAAUAAGUAGCUGCUGCUAGAUGGAGCAAGGAUUGAAGGAUUGCAAAACUGGCUGGGAAAUGGAAUAAUGAAAAUGAAAUGAUGUGAGCACAGCACCAGGUCAGCAGCACAGCAGCAGUUAGUAGCACUGAAGCAGGGCAACAAUGUUUGAAGCAAGUACCUCAAAUAUUCUCAAAUUUUAUUCCCUAGGGAGUCACAGGUCCCAGAUUUUAAAUAUAUUAUGUAAAUUAACCCUUUGGAGGUAUUUGGUUCAAACAUUGUUGUCCUAUGAUGCACUGUUUCACCCAGUUAAAGGUAGUGACAAUGGGAGCUUUCAUAGUAUAGGUGGUCCUUAUGACAGCUCACUUAGUGACAGUUCAAAAUUAUGACAACCCCCCCAAAGUACUUACAACCCAGUCCCUAAGUUAUGUAUGUUGCAGCACCAAGGAUUGUAUUUGCCCUUACAACUGACCACAGAGACACUGCAACAUACCCCUUGCCUAUUGACCCCCCCAUCCUGUCCCACCAGUCUCCACAGUCUGCUUUGCUAGCCCACUGGGUUCCACGUGCUCCUCCCUAACCUGGUACCGGUCCCUCACUUUCAAAGAUCUCUAGAGCUCCAGAACAGACUGGGCCACGUGACAAAAAAGCAGCUGUCUUUUUCUCAAAUGCUGGCCACCAUGGAGAUGGAUAGAGAGCUUGGUGCACCAGCAAACCUACACUUGCCGGGGACACUCUGGGGAAGAUCAGUUGGGCAGGGAAGCACCUACAGGCUGUAGGAGUUACCCAGAGUAAGAGGAUUUUUCUGGCAAUACUGGCAGCUAUGGGGGCACCCGUCCAUCAGAUCAGAGAGUACGCCCAAGGCUCUGGUACCCAAGACACAGUAGGAGGUGAGUGAGAACAGACAGCACAGAGCUCCCAGGCAUGGUGCUUAGCAACUGCACUCACCUGGCUCAUUGUGAGGUGCUCAGCCAUCCCCAGUGACAGUGCCGCUGCUCGGGCUCACUCUCCUGCUACAGCUACCCAUCCGCCUUGCAGUCCUGCCUCCUCCAGUCAAAUCUAGCAUGAAAAAUGCCGUGCAUCGAUUGCUGCCUCCACCUUUGCACCACAAUCCCCGAAGCAGUUCAUUCAAACUGCCCAGCAGUGCGCAAGAUGGUGCCUACGCACCACCCAGGCUGGGACCAGACAAGGUCUUCAGAGAUGCAAUAAAUUUUAUGUUCUUAUAGACGAUUCCGUCUUCUGAACAAACAUGAGUGUGUGUAAGAACACAAGAUUUAAGGAAAACCAGCAUUUGGGGGGGGGAAAAGGCCUUUUCUGCCAUGUGGCCCAGCCUGUUCUGGAGCUAUGGAGCUCUUUGAAAGGCUCUUGGGCAGAUCGCUCACCCCUGCAUGAAGCAGCAAGCCAAGGGCGCCUUCUUUCUCUCAAAACAUUAAUUGCACAGGGAUACAAUGUAGAUGCUUUAACCAUUGAUCAAGUCACACCAUUGCACGAGGCAUGCCUUGGAGAUCAUGUAGGAUGUGCUCGGAUACUUCUUGAAGCAGGAGCAAAUGUGAAUGCCACAACUAUUGAUGGGAUAACACCCUUAUUUAAUGCCUGCUCAAGAGGGAGUGCAUCUUGUGUACAACUUCUAUUGGAAUAUGGUGCAAAAAUUCAAUGGGAGACAUGUUUUCCUUCGCCAACUCAUGAAGCAGCCAGCAGAGGUCACAGCGAUUGUCUAGAAUUGCUGAUUUCUUGGGGCAUAGAAGUUGAUCUAGAUGUUCCUCAUCUAGGAACACCUCUAUAUGUGGCUUGCUUUUCACAGCAGAAACAAUGUGUUCACAAACUUCUGCAUUCAGGGGCAAAUGUUCAAAAAGGAAAGUUUUUGGAAACUCCAUUGCAUGCAGCUGCAAGGCUACCUAAUACUGAAAUAGUAAACAUACUUCUUGAGUUUGGAGCAGAUAUAAAUGCCAAAAAUUCAGAGUUUGAACGACCCGUAGAUGUUGCUGUUUCAAGCAGCUUGGUGGAAAAAAUACUACUAUUACAUGAAGUUACUCCAUGUUCUCUUUGCCAGCUGUGCCGACUACGAAUCCGAAAUUAUAUAGGAAAAUCUAGAUUGCAUCUUGUACCACAACUUCAACUGCCAAACAUCUUGAAAAAUUUCUUACAGUACCAAUAAAACAGUGAAUCGUAUUUCAGAACUUAAAGAAAUAUUCUACAACAUGUUACACAUGAAAAUUAUAUGAUAGGGAGAAACUUAAACAAGCUUGCCUGCACAUUAAAAUCAUGCCAAACAAAAUUUCUUGAAGUACUACUAAAGUGAAAUAUAAAUGUGGUCAUAUUUUACAGAGCUAUACAAAUCCUUUGAAAAAAGUAUUCUGGAAUGCAAGGUAAUAUGUGUGAAGGCCUUUUUUUUUAAUGAUUAAAGCAACCAAAUAUUUAAGAAACUGCUCCCAACCAUUUCCACCAGGAGUUUGAUUCUAAGUGGCUCAAGGUUGACUCAGCCUUCCAUCCUUCCUAGGUCAGUAAAAUGAGGACCCAGAUUGUUGGGGACAAUAUGCUGACUCUGUAAAACUUUUUAGAGGGGGCUGCAAAUCACUGUGAAGUGGUAUAUAUGUGCUAUUACUAUUUCCUGUAUAUUGCACUGCAAAUUGUAAAUUCUUUUUGAAUCUCUUCUUUCUUUCUUUCUUAAAAGUAUUGGAAUGGCAGUGGAGUGAAAGAGAAAUAAAUUAAGGUUUCCAAUCUUUUCCAUAUUUCUUCUCUGUAUAAAUUCCCCAACUUGUGAUCCCAAGGUCACGAGGAGCUUUCCAAGGUUUGGAUGCAGUUCCAGACCAAUUUUUGUCUUAAACAGCAAAUGAAACGGGAGGCUAUUAAGCACAAUAAGAUUGGGAGAUGAUUAUACUAAUUUCAUUUAAUAAUUUAAUUGCAAUUAUAUAUACAGGUAAUCCUUGAUGUACAGCUGUAACAGAGCCUGCCCAUUACACUCCCAAGUGGUGAUGGCCAUUAAGUGAGGUGGCCUUGCUUAACAACCCUCAUCCCCUGCCCUCCCCGAUGUGGCCAUUAAAUCAACACCUGGGUUGUUAAGCAGAGGUGGGGGAGACCUUUGGAGGCCUAGCAUAUGGCCAGGCCUGCCUGCCCUAGGCCUCCCAAAGCCUCCCCACCCCACCCUCAAGACAUCUUGUGGUCUGCUUGCUGUCCCCUGAAGAUCUCCAUGUUUCUCAUAUUGAGGAAAGAGGGUGGACCAUGCAUCCCGGAAGUGGCCAUCAAUUUCUCCACUGCUUUCACAAAGCCAUGGGCAAGGGACAAACUACUCCAUUUUGUUUCUUAAUGUGAUUGCACAGCCUGACAUCUGGAGAUUUUCAAAAGCUAAGUGUGCAAUGGGUGAUGGGUGUGUGAAGAAUAGGCGCAAGGCCCUUGUGGUCCCAGUGGGGUGGGAUGGGGGGGGAAGAGUCAGGGAUGGGCACUGCAAUAUCCCUGAGGCUGAGCGUAAGGGUGAAUGACCAUAGGGGCUGCAGUGGCCAUAACUUCUAAACAGGGUCAUAACUUUUGGUGGAGGGGGUCUGUCAUAACUUUGAACAGCCAUUAAGUAACAUUCAUAUCUAGAAGGCUACCUUUAAAUUUAAAAUCAGAUAAUUCAGUUUUUGUCCUAGGUGUGCCCAUUUUCUGCUAUAUGCCCCAACAUUUGGCCUAAUAAAGAUCAUUAUUCUCUGUAAGAAUUAGUUUAGUUGAAAAAGAUUCACUUACUUCAUUUGUAAAGAAAUAAUACACAGCUCUUAGUAGCAGGUUGUCUAUUUAAAUACCGCUGUUCCCAUAGAAGCUACUUUCUUCUGUGUUCCUACUGCAGUUGAAAGAAUGAGAUAUUAACUGCUUUUUAGUGGAUUUUUGGUCUUUUAAGAGCUAGAAUGGAAUGAUCCUACAAUGUAUUCCUUUAAAAUUUCAUGAAAUGCUAUGUAAGUAAUAAUGUGGGAAGUAGGGGAGAAUGUCUAGAACUUGUAAAUUUUGCAUAAAAAUAUAUUGUUUAGUUUAAUUAUUGUUUGAUAUAUUCUGAGUAAAGAUGAAUGCCUGUCUAUGUAUUAAGUACAUUUUCUUUUUUUCUUUCUCUAAAACUGAUAUACAUAUAUAAAACUUGAAAGAUGGUUAAACAAAUAA